UCACGCGCGGAACCCCUGAGGCGUGGACCCGGUGGGGUGGGCAACCAAUGGGCUCCAGGCCAGGAGGUAGGAGCCGUCAGUGUCCGACUCCUCCCAUUUAGGUUUGCUUUAGGUAGGCCUGGACGGUGGAAACUGGGCGGUCCUUCCUCCCUGGCUAAGGCGAGGUGGAACUGUGGUUGCUGAGGUGAGGUUAGUCGAUGGUGAAGUACUUCCCGGCCAGGGGGCACCCGGCGCCGUGGGGUCUCGGGGGCGUGGAGUGAGAGAGGAGCCCUACCCGCGGGAGAACCCAGCCUCGCCAACCGUGCGGGCGGAGCGCAGUCCUCAGGUCUGGCAGGCGGCGUGGAAAGCGCAAUCGAGCCAGUGUAACCCAGAAUGUUUCAUCCAUUCAUGGACCCAAAGAUGGAGUUGGUUUUUAUUUUUAAAAAGAUACUGUCAAUAAUCUGAUACGGCUAUACUCACUUGAUGAAGAUGCAUGGACUUGUCUUUAAGUUGGACUAGUGAUCAUUUCCGAAAGUUUCUUCAACCGCAGUUUAUAUUUGAAAAUUCAAGUAUCAAAGGAUAUUUGGUUUAGAAUGGUAUAAAGAUAUAUUUUCUCUGAGUACUGCAAAUUUCACAGAGAUCACAGUUGGAUUCCACUUAUGUUCUCCAAUCAAAGUGAUUCAGUUCUUUGAUAAAGUUAAUUUUGAAGAAUUUUAUGUUUAUAAACAACACCAAGAGAUGGGAGAAAAAAAUGGUAGGUUGAAAAACCACUGUUAAACUUUACGUUUAAAAGUAUAUGGACUACUUAAUCAAGCUGAAUUGUGGAAUUUUCAUGGUUUUUCAUUGCAAGUGACUUCUCUGAAUUAGAAGGAAUUAGGGAUUUAUUCUCAUGUAGCAAGAAUUUUGACUUUUUGUAAUUCAUCGUAUAUCUAUAAUUCUAAGUCAGUACUUUAAUGUACUUUUUUAAAAUAAACUAUUUUGUAGAAAAUUUUCAGAUUAUAGAAAAAUUGAGAGGAUAGUACAGAGAGUUACCAUAUUCUCUGCACCCAGUUCUGCCUACAAUUAAAAUCUUACAAUUGGCUGGUACAUUUAUAACAAAUUAAUGAGCCAUUGUUGGCUUAUUACUAUUAACUAAAGUCCAUAGUUUAUUCUUAUUUUCUUAGUUUUUACUUGAUGUCUUUUUCUAUUCUAGGAUCCCAUCCAGGAUACGACAUUACAUUUGUUUAUCAUGUCUCCUUAGGAUCCUCUUGGAUAUGAGUUUCUCAGACUUUCCCUGUUUUUGUGAUGCAAAAACUUUCUGGAUGGAGCUGGAAGAUGAUGGAAAAGUGGAUUUCAUAUUUGAACAAGUGCAAAGUGUGCUACAGUCACUAAAACAAAAAAUCAAGGAUGGGUCUGCCACAAACAAAGAAUACAUCCAAGCAAUGAUUCUAGUGAAUGAAGCAACUAUAAAUAGUAGCUCAACAUUGAUAAAGGAUCAUACAUCUGUGACUCAGAAUGCACAGGAAAACAAGUCAAGUUCAUGGCCCUCUACAUCAUACAAAGACUCUUUUCCAGAAAACCUGACUCCUCUUUCUGCAGAAAAUAAGGAGACUCCCCCUCUGGAAAAUAAAGUUGCAGACUUUAGAGAAGAAGAAUCAUCUUCAAAGUUAUCUUACCAAAGGCAUGACUGCUCUGGUGCCUGUCUGAUGAAAAUGCCACUAACCUUCAAGGGAGAAAACCCUCUGCAGCUACCAAUCAAAUGCCACUUCCAAAGACGACAUGCGAAGACAAACUCUCACUCUUCGGCACUCCACGUGAGUUAUAAAACCCCUUGUGGAAGGAGUCUACGAAACGUGGAGGAAGUUUUUCGUUACCUGCUUGAGACAGAGUGUAACUUUCUAUUUACAGAUAACUUUUCUUUCAAUACCUAUGUUCAGUUGACUCGGAAUUACCCAAAGCAAGAAGAAAUUGUUUCUGAUGUGGAUAUUAGCAAUGGAGUGGAAUCGGUGCCCAUUUCUUUCUGUAAUGAAAUUGACAAUAGAAAGCUUCCACAGUUUAAGUACAGAAAGACUAUGUGGCCACGAACAUAUUAUCUAAACAGCUUUCCCAACAUGUUUAUUGAUUCAUGUGACUGUUCUGAGGGCUGCAUAGACAUAACAAAAUGUGCAUGUCUUCAACUGACAGCAAGGAAUGCCAAGACUUGCCCCUUGUCAAGUAGUAAAAUAACCACUGGAUAUAAAUAUAAAAGACUUCAGAGACAGAUACCUACUGGCAUUUAUGAAUGCAGCCUGUUGUGCAAAUGUAAUCGACGAAAGUGUCAAAACCGAGUAGUCCAACACGGACCUCAAGUGAGGCUACAAGUGUUCAAAACUGAAAAGAAGGGAUGGGGAGUACGCUGCCUAGAUGACAUUGACAGAGGGACGUUUGUUUGCAUUUACUCAGGAAGACUGUUAAGCAGAUCUAACACUGAGAAACCUGAUGCUACUGAUGAAAAUAGAAAAGAAGAGAUUUUUAUGAAAAACAUGUUUUCAAAAAAAAGGAAAAUAGAAGUUGCAGAUUGUGAGGUUGAAGUUAUCCCACUAGAUUUGGAAACACAUCCUAGAAGUUCUGUGACUGAGGAGUGUCCACCUAAGCUCCAUAAUAACCCCAAAGAGCCUUUUACAGAAAUGAAAUGUAACAGUAUUUCAAGAAUUCAGUAUCAUUCAGUCAUUAGAAGUCCUCAAACCAAGACAGUCAUUAUUCAACGCAAUGGAAAAAAGAUGGGAUUUUCUUCCUCAGAGUCUCUCACCUCAGAAGAUAAUGGUGGCUUUAAAUCAACUCAAGUACAUCUGAACUCUCCAGCCAAGGAAAUGAGAAUGGAUUCAAGCUCAAACCAAGUUGAAGAUUCUAAAGCCAACCCUCUGAUUGAAUUGGAUGUGAUAGAUAUAACUAAAUGUAGAGAAGAAACUCCACAGGGGAGCAGAUAUAACCAAGCAGUCACACUGGAUAAUCCGAAUGAGGUUCAAAAACAAAAGCCCCAAGAGAAAAAGUCUCCAGCAUGUCAAAACCAGCAGGCCUUUUGUGAUAAAGAGAUACCAAGUGAAACCAAGAAUGCUUCACCUGAUUCUCCAAAGAAGUUCAAUAAAGGCAGUAUGUUUUUAUUGGAUGCCACAAAAGAAGGAAAUGUGGGACGCUUCCUUAAUCAUAGUUGUUGCCCAAAUCUUUUGGUACAGAAUGUUUUUGUAGAAACACAUGACAGAAAUUUCCCAUUGGUGGCGUUCUUCACCAACAGGUAUGUGAAAGCAAGAACAGAACUAACAUGGGACUAUGGUUAUGAAGCUGGGACUAUGCCUGAGAAAGAAAUCCUCUGCCAAUGUGGGGUUAAUAAGUGUAGAAAAAAAAUAUUAUAAAUCUAGUUAAUGCCUGUUCAUAAAAUUAGUUUAUCAAGCUGAAAUUAGAGCCAUGCAAAAGAAUCUCCAGUGGUCACUGGAAUUAAUUUAGGUUGUGGUCUAUUAAUAGAAUUCCUCUCAGUUCACCCUUGUUGGGGGGUUCUUUUGCAUUACUUAGAAAUGGUAGGAACAAAAUAAGGACAUUUUCAUAUACAUAGGGUAUCUCUUUAUUCUUACUGCUGUUCAACUUUACACAAGUUGGAUGGGAAUGUAUAUUUUAUAUGAAAUACCUCUCUAUAUAAUUUGUAACUUAUUUAUAAAUUAUAUAUUAAGAAAAACAAAGGUCACAAUUGAUUCCAGCUCUUGUUACUGCUUCUGUAAUUAUUAUGUUUCACUUUCAUGACCCAAAGGGCCAACUUUCACAUCUUUACCUACAAAAUUUAUUUAUGUUUAAUUCCUGGCAAAUAAUUUACCAUUGUGAGCCAUAAGGUGGGCAACAGAGCCUGAAGAAUAUGUUGAGACCAACUUCAAGCAUUUUACUUCCAAGUAUUUAGUGCUAGUUAGAGAAGCUCUAUCUGGCUCCAUGAAACACUGUCCCAUCAAUCCAUUCGAGUGAGAAGAAGAAACUGUCCUGUGGGGAAGGCUUUGGCUCGCUCUUUGAGAGGAAAUUUCUUUUCCACAGAUUCUCUUUACUCUUUAAAUACAUUGACAGGAAAAGAGGGAAUAGAAAUUUGAAGGAGUUAGAAUACAUUUGUUCUGGAUAGAGUAGAGCCAUAAGAAAAAGAAACUGAGAGAACAGUCAAACUUGGCUCAUGUAGGCCAGAAGAGAUUGUGCUGAGCAAGAAUUUCACUUAACAAUUCUACUGAGCUACAAAGUCUGAAUCAGACCCUUGGACUCUCCUAGGGAUGAAGUGCAAAUUAUCUUCUUCCGAAAAAAGGGAAAGAGUAACUUUGCUAUAGAUUAUCUAGCCAUGAUUGUCUAGGGGAAAGGGGAUAAGAAUUUCCUAAAGUUAAAGCUAAUUUUAUCCAUAACAGAGACAUACAUCUGCCUUGGAACCAGGGUAAUAAAAAGUAGUUCUGUUUUAGAGGGUUUUUUUUUUUUCUUUUUUCUGAACUUGAUUCCGUGUUUCAUUUGGUUACCUUUCAAACAGAAAUUCAUAAUUUCUUAAAAAUAUUAACUUGAAAUUGGUUUAGAGAGUAGAAAACCAAAGAGAUAGGAAAUGGAGCAAAAAAAUUAUAACCCAACAUCCUAUAGACAGAUGAGGAAAGUUGAGAAGUCCAUUUAUUCACAGUAAAGAUGCAGGAAUUUUAGGCAACACACUAAAAAUGAAGGCACUUGAUAAGUAUGGAAAAUAUUUUUGUGCUGAAAUCUGACACCUUAAUCUUCUUCAGUCUGUACUGGUUCACAGACACCAUCUUCCAUCAGCGUCCUAGAGAUGCUUUGUCUCCCCUGUCAGACCUGUUUCUGGUUAAAUCUAGUAAUCUCAUUAUUUCCCCUUUCCUUGAUUUAUCCCCAUAUAUUGGUGAAGCACAUCCUCCCGUAGCUUUGGAAAAGGAAAAAUGAAAGGUAAAUAUUCUGAGACCUUGUAUGUUCGAACAUGUUAUUCUACCCUUAACACUUGACUGCUGUUUUGGCAUAGAAUUCUUGAGUAGCUUCCAUGCCCAAUUUUGAACUCAUUUGCUAGAUUCCAGUGUUGCUGCUAUGAAGUCUGAAAAUGUUCUCACCUCUGGCUUUUAGGGUGACUAUUGGAAGUAAGAUGAUAUUCUUUUCCUUAAUCUUUUGUAUAUGUGACCAGUUUUUACUUCUCUUCACAUUUACAGCCUUCUCUUUGUCCCAGUGUUCUGUUCCCAGUAAGGGUCCAUUUUCAUCCCUUGUACCAGGUGCUUGGUGCAAUCUUUCAAUCUGAAAAGUUUGUUCUUCAGUUCAGAUAAAUUUUCUUUCUUUUUUCUUUUCUUUUUUUAGGGCCAUACCCGCAGCACAUGAAAGUUGCCAGGCUAGGGGUCAAAUGGGAGCUACAGCUGCUGGCCUAUACCACAGCUCAUGGCAACACAAGAUCCUUAACCCACUGAUCAAACCUGAAUCCUUGUGGAUUUUGGUGGGGUUCAUUAACCUCUGAGCCACGAAGGGAACUCUGCCGAGAAAUUUUCUUGAACUAUUUCUUUAAUGAUUCAUUAUCUGUUCUCUCUUUCUGGAAUUCCUAUUAUCCCAAUGUUAGAACUCCAGGAUUGGUUCUCUAAAUUUUUUCUUUUAAUUUCCAGCUUUUUCUUCUUGCUUUGCUUUCUGGGAGAUAUACUCAACUUAAUCUUCCAGUUUGUCUAUUGUGGUGGGCGUAUUUUAUUGGAUUUUUUGGGGGGAGGGGGCUGGGUCGCAUUUUUUUAAUUUCUAGAGCUCUUUUCUGAAUAUUUUUUCUUUAGUAGUGUCUUAUUUUUGGUUCAUGGUUGUAGUAUCUUAUCUCUUUGAAAAUGCUUUAUCAUGUAACACACACAUACAGGCGUUCAUAUCUGUAUUUCUGUGACCUCCAAGGUUUGUUUCUUUGUUUUCCCUGUAUGUUUCCUUUGGUUUUUGUACUUCAUGUUUUAGGCUUUCCUCAGUUAGUGAUCUUGGCAGUCAGCUCACACUUAACAGUGGAACACGGAAAAGCUGAGAUUAUAAACUGAGAGUGGGGGAAGGGGCUCUUCAGCUGCUUUGCUAUGACCUAGCUGGGCUAUUUAAUCUCCAAUUCAGUCUCUUUAGGGCUUUUUUUUUUUAACCUGGCAAGGAGUAUGCUUCCACCUGCUGGCUUGAAAGCAAAAAAAAAAAAAAAAAGUUGCUGCCAGAGCCUGCUUUUUUUUCCCUGUUUCACAGCUCCACACUCUUGCUUCUGUAAUUCAUUUCUAUGUUUGUCAAGACUAUUCCAAGUUAUCCUUUUUAAUAUUGUUUCUCUUUUCUGACCCCAAUUUGCCUCAUUUCCUCUUCUUAAAACCUGCUCAAAAAGCAAGACCUCCAGGAGUUUUUCCUUUCAUUAGUUACUCAGCAAACCACCAUUAUAUGCUUCUUUUACAGAACAACUUACUUUUGAGCUGUAAUUUAAUUAUAUGCGUUCAUGUUCUCUACAUGUGUAUUUGUUCCAUGCACCGAAAACCUCGUCUUGUAUGGUGCUGUGUACCCCAUGGGUGCUAAAAUAAAGACUUGCAACUGGCAAA